GGCGCAGUGUGCGCUGCCGGACGGGGGAGGGAUGCAGAAGGCGCCAGGGCUUUCGGCUUGUUUGGAUUGUGGGCGGUUUGCGCACAGCCCGGGAAAAGCGGUAAAUGGCGGCGCCGAGCACGGGCUCUCGGCCUGCCCUCCAGCGAAAGGCGCUUAUGGCCGCUGACAGAGGGCGCCGGAUAUUGGGAAUGUGUGGCAUGCAUCCUGACCAUCAGGAAGCACUGAAAAAGAACCGAGUGGUGCUAGCCAAACAGCUGUUGCUGAGUGAACUGUUAGAACACCUCCUGGAGAGGGACAUCAUCACCUUGGAAAUGAGGGAGCACAUUCAGGGCAAAGUGGGCAGUUUCAGCCAAAAUGUGGAACUUCUCAACUUGCUGCCCAAGAGGGGUCCUCACGCUUUUGAUGCCUUCUGUGUGGCCCUGAGGGAGACCAAGCAGGGUCACCUGGAGGAUCUCUUGCUGACAACCCUCUCUGGUCUUCAGCAUGCACGCCCGCCGUUGAGCUGUGACUACGACUUGAGUCUCCCCUUCCCGAUGUGUGAGUCCUGUCCCCCUCACAAGCAGCUCCGCCUGUCUCCAGAUACUGUGGAGCACUCCCUAGACCACGGAGAUGGUCCUCCCUGCCUUCAGGUGAAGCCUUGCACUCCCGAGUUUUAUCAAACACACUACCAGCUGGCCUAUAGGUUACAGUCUCAGCCUCGUGGACUGGCACUGGUGCUGAGCAAUGUGCACUUCACUGGAGAGAAAGACCUGGAAUUUCGCUCUGGAGGCGAUGUGGACCACAGCACUCUGGUCACCCUCUUCAAGCUCUUAGGCUACAAAGUCCAUGUCCUACUUGACCAGACUGCGCAGGAAAUGCAAGAGAAACUUCAGAACUUUGCCCAGUUACCUGCCCACCGUGUCACCGACUCCUGCAUUGUGGCGCUUCUCUCUCACGGUGUGGAGGGAGGCAUCUACGGUGUGGAUGGCAAACUGCUUCAGCUUCAAGAGGUUUUUCGGCUCUUUGACAACGCCAGCUGCCCAAACCUACAGAACAAACCGAAAAUGUUCUUCAUCCAGGCCUGCCGUGGAGAUGAAACAGACCGUGGGGUGGACCAGCGAGACGGAAAGAAUCACACGGGAUCCUCUGAGUGCGAGGAGAGCGACGCCAGCAAAGAGGAGAUGCUGAAGGCCCGACUGCCCACGCGCUCAGACAUGAUCUGUGGCUAUGCCUGCCUCAGAGGGACUGCCGCCAUGCGCAACACCAAACGGGGCUCCUGGUAUAUCGAGGCCCUCACCCAGGUGUUCUCCGAGCGGGCUUGUGACAUGCAUGUGGCCGACAUGCUCGUGAAGGUGAACGCGCUCAUCAAGGAGCGUGAGGGCUACGCCCCUGGCACGGAGUUCCACCGCUGCAAGGAGAUGUCCGAGUACUGUAGCACCCUGUGCCGCCCCCUCUACCUGUUCCCGGGCCACCCUCCCACGUGACGCCGUGCCCACCGCCCUGCUGCGUGGAGGCCUGAUGGGACAUGUCCUCUUCUGGUGUGCGGUGUCUCUUCCCCCUCAGGGACUGGGAAUCUGCGGGGCUCGCGGAGCACCCCUGCCCUCUCCGCCUGCGUGCGCAGGGCCACGGGCCAGCCCCUCCUGUGGCAGCUCCCUCCCUGUAGAGCGGACUCUGGCCAGACGGGCAGCUGCAGUAGAGGAGCCUGGCGGAUGAUAUUAAGAGCACAGUGUCUUUAUGGGGAGAGGACAUGUGGGUUUCCCCAUGGUUUGUGUUCACUUCCCGCCCCAGGUCUUUGGUAGACAGCACUUUGGUGAUUGCUUUUAUUACAUUAGCUAAGACGUUUCGGAGACCAUCCCCUGUCUUUCGUUUUUCUUUCAUAUUUCCACCGCAUUUAUCCCAGACUGAGAGUUUGGAAAGUGUUCUGAUUCCAAGUAGGCAUUUUUCAUUUUGCCUCAAAAGGGCAGACAGGACUGGCGGCACGUUGCUUCCGCGUGUGUGGUCGGGACCGCAAGGCCAGCCAGUGGAAGGCCGGCGUUCUCCGCUCCACAGUUGGCUUCUUUGGGCUCAAGGAAUCCUACUGAGGAUCCCUGGUACCUGGAACUCCUUGAUCUUUGCUCAGGGAAGUUCCAGAGUUUUUCUUAAUCAGAGAUUCUCUUUCUGAGCUUGGUUACUGAGAUGAACCUCAGCAGCGAGUGUUAGCAGAGGCAGAUAAGGGUGGUGUGCUUCCUCAUACUCGAACCUGUCACCUUAUCUUUUGCUUCCUCUGAAAUGUCCAUUUUUUUAUAAAGCAUCCUAGUUGUUAUCUCCCUACUUCCUGUUUCUCCCCUUUCACCUUUUCCUCAUCCUGUUUACUGCUGCCGCCAAAUCUGUCUAACAUACUGCUCUAAGUGGAUCAUUUGGCUGCUCACAGAUAGAAUGUGGUAGCUUGUUCCUGCUUUCUGUUUCAGUAUUAAAUCCCCUUUGAUUUUAUAUGGCCCGUUUUCCCUUCUCCCAGGCCUCCAUUUUAGGCUGUUGGCUGUACAUGCUGUGUCCCCUAGAAACCUUCUUUAUCUGUGCCACGUGUCCUGCUUUCCCUGUUCUUCAGGGACAUCUCUUGUCCCUCCAAUCAGAUCUCUACAUGACAGAUUUUGGUUUGGGGUUUUUAAAUAUAAAUCUGAUCAUCUCACUCCCCUGCUAAGAUUUCUGUCAUACCUGAAGCAAUGUCCAAACUCCUAACCUCGGCCUGUAUGGCUCCUGCCUUCCCCUUGAACCUCCUCAAAGGCUGGUUUCCUUCGAAGUGACUGUCCCGUGCCAUCCUCAGUUUCUCAAACAUUAUGAGGUCCUUCCCGCCCUGGACCAUCACACACUUUCCUGGGGUCUGCUGAGCUCCGUUCCUCACAAGUGUUGGCUUACAUGCCACCUUCUUGUGGAGGCCUUCUUGGGUCAUUCUGUCUAAAUAAUCUUCCAUGUUUCUUUAUUACUACAUCCUGUUGAAUUCCUUCAUUGCACUUAGCGCAAUUUAUAAUUACGUUUUUGCUUGCUUCACUUGGUCAUUUCUGUUACCCCUACUAGGCUGUAAGCUCCCUGAGGAUAGAAAUCUUGUCUCUGUUUCUUUUGUUCACCAGUAUAUACCCAGCACCUGGCACGUGGUAGGUCUUCAAUAAAUGCUUUUGGGUAAAGGAAGAAAGCAACCCUGACUAGAACCCUACUUCUGGACAAAAUUUCCCUUGAACAAUAUACACAGUUUAGUAUUUACACUCUAGGUUUUUCCAGGUGUUUUGUUUUAUCCACUGAUAGUCCUAGCUCGGGAAGACAGCUGUCAUGUGUCAGACGCCAUCUUCCGCAUCUCCCAUGAUUGCUGGCACAGUGCUCAGCCUGUAGUACUUCAGGUGCUCAGUAAAUACUUGUUGGGUGAGGCGGGGGCGGGGGGGGGGGGGUGUUGGACACUUCUGCUGAGUCCUGCUCUUGGAUCAGUAUCAUAUGGAAGUAUUUAGGUGAUAGAACCUUUCCAUUUCCCACUGCCAGGAUUUUAUAUUGCCUCCAGGUGCCAAAUAAAUGCUCGUAUUUAUUGCUGA